CCCAAACCCAAUUGGUUUUUGAAUUUUACCCUUUCGAAAUGUGACAUCCACUUUUUGGCUAAUUUUUUACCCACUUUUUCCCGCUCUCAUGAAAAUUAACUCUGCGCCAGGUUUCAAAAUUUCCCUCAUUUUCUCGCAUAUUUUUUCUCGAGAAAACACGGUUAGAAAAUCACAGAGAAAGAGAAACCACAAAUGGUAGCAGAUAGCGGCGAUUUCGCCGGCACCAUUUGUUCAAUCUGCUACGAAGGUCUCAAUCCCAUUACCGAAGAUCUUCAAUCAGUUUCCAUCUGUGGCCAUGUCUUUCACGAGCUCUGUUUGCAGCAAUGGUUCGAGUAUUGCACAUCGAAGAAGCAUACUUGCCCCGUUUGUAAGCAAGGUUGCAAGGCGAAAGAUGCGUGUCGGCUUUAUUUUCAAUCGAUUGGAGAUGUGAAGGAAUCUGUUGUUACUCAGAAGCAAGUUGGUGUUGAAGAAGAUGCCGGUGUUUUGCGAAAAGAAGUUAAGAGAUUGGAGGGUAAAGUUUCUGGGCUUAGUACUGUUUUGGGAAAACAAACUAAGGAGUUAGAUGAACUUAAAGAUGAGCUUUGUACUUGCAAGGAUCAGACAAAGAUAGAAAUUGCAUCAAAGAAUGAAGCCUUGAAGCAAAAAACAUCCUUACAAUUCCAGCUUCGUGUGAAAUCAGAGGAGCUUGAGAAGUCAAAUUUGGAGCGUUUUAGAUUGCAAGAGAGAAAUAUGGCUUUGGCUAAAGAACUUGCAGCAUUAAAAUUGGUGUCUGAUGUGGACCUUGGUGAAGAUGAGGUUUUGAAGCUUGCCACUUUGGGUAAUGGGGCCAACAGUCAAGAAACAGUAGACACAUUAAAAAGAUCUCUUGUCCUGCGGAACAGGAGUUACAAAGAGUUAAUGGCAAAGUGUAAUGUUCUGGGGAGAGGUGAGGCUCAUUAUCGUAAAAAGCUUGAGAAGGCUAAAGAGAAGAUUACUAAAGCGAAGGCAAGGCUACAAGAAAUGGCGACAAUAAUGGAAGCAAAAGAGAAUGAAUAUUUGAAGCAACUCAAAGUUGCCAAGAACACUGAAAAUAGAAUAAAUUCAAAUUCUGAUGUAUUCAUGGCUAACAAAGUUUCUUCAAAAGAGCAAAGCAAACAAAGUACAACACCAAAGUAUGGAAUGGAUUUGAAUAAGAAAGACAACAGCAAACCUUUACAAUCUUUGAAGACAGAGAACUCCAAACCUACAAAAAAUAAGGAUGUGAAUAUUAGUAAUGUAAGUAAACCUACCGUGUCUCCCAAUGAAGAGAUAGAUUGUAUCAUUAUCGACGAAGAUGACUUCAAAGGUCAUGACAAGGUUGAUCUAGGAAUGCCAGAAACAGCACCUAGUACAAAGACUAAAACAUCAUUGCAAGGAAUAUGCAAUUUGGCCGAAUCUUCAGGAAUUGAUAUUGACAUCGAAACAGCUGACAUUACUGCUGACACUAUGGAUGAAGUUGGGAUACUACAAGCCAAUGAUAAACAAGCUGUACCAAUGGUUAACAUUAGAAAGGAGUCACCAUUAACAACUUCAAGUCCAGUGGAUAUAUGCUUUUCUGGUGGAUUGCUUGGUCCUGAUGGAACUCAAAGAUACUUGGGUAAAUGGUGCAAGCGUGGACAAAAUGGUGAUUCAACAUCCACAAAAGGGAAUUUGAUAUCUGUAGGAGCUGAUGGUAGAGGUGGCAAAGUCAAAGUUCUAAGGUCUCAUAGCCAAGCCUUCUCGGAUGGUAAGGAAAAUUCAACAGCUUCAAAAAGGUUGAAGCUUGGACCUAACAGAGCAAGUAGUUUACAGCAAUCCAGGGGGUGUCUGCAGAUUGAACACUUUUUUGGGAGGGUUACUCAGUAAUAUUUUGGUCUAUGUCUUGGCCUUGUGAUGUCUUUGUUGCAUAUAGCAAAGGAAUGCAUCCAAUGUCAAGAAGGAAAACAAUAGAAGAUUGUGCAUCCAUUAAGCUGUAAUUUUGACAAGUAUUUAACUUAUGAGAAGUUGCACAAAAUAGCUUCUUAUUUUAUCCA